AUGGCGGCGCUGCGGGCGGCCCUGCUCGCCCCGCUGCUGGCGCUGGGCCGCGCCGGGCCGGGCCCCGCCACCCCCGCACGGGUCGAGGUGGCCGUGUCGGGGCCCGGGCCGGCGGGGCCGGAGCGGGACGGGGCCGGCGGUGAGGCCGCGGCGCCCGGCGGCUCGUACACGCUGCGUGGGGCCGUGCUGGGCGCGGGGGGAGGCGGGGCCGGACCGGGCCGGGGGGGCCCGCGGGGGGAGCGGGAGGAGAUGGAAAUCCGCGGCCGCCUGGUGCUGGUGGGUGAGGCAGAGCCGGAGCUGGGCAGUGCCGACAGCUGGAUUGGGGUGGUGCCCGUGGGCACCGAGGAGCCACCCGAGGGCCCCCGCGGGGCCAAAGAGGAGUCCUUCACCACCGCCGUCGUCACCAAGAUGAAGCGAGCCCUGGUGCUGGGGGCCUCGGCCCUGCUCAUCCUGGCGCUGAACCAGAACGCCAUCCGGGAGCUGGACGUGUCCCAGCUCCUCGCCAAACCCGUCAUCAUCAUCCAGUCCUCCGACAACGUCACCAGGCUGCUGGGAGCGCUGCUGCGUGGGCUCCGGGCCACAGCAAAGAUCACAUACCAGGCGGUGCUGCUGGAGAACCUGGGGGUGACCCUCACCCUGUGGUCCACGUGUGGCCUGUCCCGAGGGGGCCUCUAUGGGGAGUGGCAGGGGGUCAUCUGCCCUGGGGAGAGCAGCUCACAGGUCCAGAAGUACCUGCAGCAGCUGUGGAACACCAUCCUGCUGAUCGCCCUGCUGCUCUGCACCGGGGUCAUGGUGCAGGCACAGCGCCAGUCGCGGCAGGACCUGUCGGAGCAGGAUGCCGAGCUGGACCUGAAGCAGCACAUUCGGCGGCGGCUGUUGGCGCUGAAAACCCGGCGGUACCACCCCGGGAAGCCGCCGCGGAGCCGGGCCUGCGAGAUCGAUAGCUGUGCUGUGUGCUUGGACCAGUUCCACAAGAGCCAGUGGCUGCGGGUGCUGCCCUGCUCCCACGAGUUCCACCGGGACUGUGUGGAUCCCUGGCUCCUGCUGCAGCAGACCUGCCCUCUCUGCAAGCGCAACAUCCUGGGGAACUGCUGCACGGACAGCUAGCGGGCCCGAGGACACUCCAGGGACAGACCCACGGCCACUCCGGGGUGAGGGAGGGGACAGGGGGUGCCCAGUGAGUGGCACCUGCUGCCAGAGCUGGGUCAGUGUGGCUGUGCCACCACAGCGCCCGGACACUGCAGAGGGAAGGACUCGGGGCUCUCCGAUGGGUGUGAGUAGAGGGGUGGGAGGUCCAGAUGGGCAGUGCCGGGUAGGGAAGCUGCGGGGGCACCCAUGGGUGUAAUGGGCUGGGGGCUGGGGGCAGGGAGAGUCCUGACCCUGCCACCCUUGCCCUGCUUAUGGGAAUUUUUCUAAGUCUUGGGUUUUUUGUCUAUUUGCUGGUGGCCAUGGCAGGGUGGGCAGAGCCCAGCUGUGGCACCAGCCCCUUGGGGAGGUGGGGGACAGACCUGCCAGGGCUGGGGCUGGCAGGACUGCGGGGUGACCCACGGCCCUGCUGUGGGAGGGCAGGGGGCAAGGAUGCUUUAUUUAUAGUAACUUAUUAGAAAGGACGGCACGAGUUGACUGCAGAGCCACCACUGGGCUCGUCUCACCCAACACAGUGAGUGGGGACAUGCCAUGAGCCCUGUCUGGCUCCUGCCCCACAGGCUGCAGCGUGGCACGUGUCCAUCCCUAUUAAACACAGAGCAAGGAC